GUUCAGGGACGUGCUGCCUAGCUACCGUUGGAUGUUUCUUUAACUGCGAAGCAAUUAAAAAUAUAUAUUUGUGUCGCUGCUUUUAAGACCCCCUGCUGUGCAUCUUUGCCCACCUCCCUUGUAGCCAUAUUAGCUGUUGACGCAGUCCUCCUCCUGUUUAUCUCCUGGUAUUGUCGGCACCUCCAGCCUGUUCAUAGCCGCUCUUUGUUUUCGUCCAGGUUGUGAGUGUGUUAAGCGACUCUCUGCUCAGUGCCCAGGUUUGGCCAAUGCUUGCUGCGCUACAGCAUGACCACAGCAACGUCUGCUCAUCUGGUGGAUCUGGCAAAUGAAAAUGGAGGAGCUUUCGGUGUCCAGCCUGGACAACAGCAAGCUGGAGGCCCUGGCUCAGGACAUCCUGUCUGACCUGGUGGAGGAUGCAUGCCUGGGUCUUUGCUUUGAGGUCCACCGGGCUGUGAAACAGGGCUAUUUCUUCCUGGAUGACACGGACCAAGAAAGCAUGAGGGACUUUGAAAUUGUGGACCAGCCUGGCCUGGAUGUGUUUGGCCAAGUGUACAACCAGUGGAAAAACAAGGAGUGUGUUUGUCCCAACUGCAGCCGGAGCAUCGCUGCCUCCCGCUUCGCCCCACACCUUGAGAAAUGUCUCGGGAUGGGACGCAACAGCAGCCGCAUAGCAAAUCGCAGAAUAGUUACUGGUAACAACACCAAUAACAAAUCAGAGAGUGACCAAGAAGAUAAUGACGAUGUCAAUGAUAACGACUGGUCCUACGGAGCAGAAAAGAAAGGUGAUGUGCUGGAGCAUCUUGAUGUUCCACACAAGGUCUGCUACUAA